CCACUCUAUAAAUGAAAUCAAAAUAAACAAAACCGGGGAAUGGAAUUUCUGAAGACUGUUGAUUUUAUUCCAAGGAAUAAUCAUACAGCAUUACCAUGAUUGAAAAUUCAAAUUUUGUUACUAUUCCAUCAUUUCUAACUGAAACAGAUGGAUUUAAUAAAAGUAUCAAAAGCUUAGUAACAUUUCUAAAUAAGCCAAAAUCAUAUCAAGAAUUUUUAUUUCCCAAUUCAAGCAAUGAAGUAAUUGUGCGGGAAAUUUCAAGCUCUGAAAAGUUACGAGUAGACAAGAGCAUAUAUGUUUGUACAUUUUGUCAAGUAUUUUCUCCAUCUGAAUCUGCAAUUGUUGCUCACAUAUUAUCAGUGCAUAGGACUUCACUACCUUGUGGUACAAGAGCAAUAGAUUUUGUUUCUCAAUUGCAAGCUUUACAAAAUGAGAAUGAAAAGGAAAGGAAAAACAAAGGAGGCCGACCAAGAAAAAAAUCAAGUUCAAAUGUAGUUCAAGAAAAAGAACUAGACACUGAACCUGUUCAGGGCCCUGAUGGCUUAUACCAAUGUCAAAAAUGUCAUCGGCAUUUCAAAAAACCUCGGCAACUUAACAGGCAUGUUUGUCAUGAAAUCACAGCAGAAAAUUUCUCAAGUGAAUCAGCAGCUGAUUCUGAUUGUACUUCUGAUUUUCAAACAUUCAUGGAUAUUGAGCCAACUCCAUGGCUUAGGAGACCGAAGCACAAUAAUAAAUCAAACGUAAAAAAGUCUAAAGAUUUUAUUCAAUCACCAGGUGAUGAAAUAUUAUAUGACUCAGGUUUGUCUAAGUCUGAAAAUGCAAGAGAUAAAACAAAAAUUUACUGGAGAGAUGAUCCAAAUUAUGUGCAGCUUUUUGAAAAUGAUGCUGAAAGAUACGCAUUUGAAGAGCAUUUAAAGUCAAUUGAUUACAGUUGUGUUGACAGCCUGUUUGCUAAAGUACAAAAUAAAAGCAAGAGCUUCAAGAAAGAAAAUAAAUCUUCUAAUAUCACAUUAUAUUCUUGUAUUAUUUGCCUAAAAGAAUUUCAUUCACUUUCACAUAUAAGAAUGCAUUGCCUCACUCAUACUGAUGUAAAACCAUUUACCUGUCCAAAGUGCCCAUAUCGUUCAAAUACUAAAGGCAGUUUGUAUACGCAUAUGAGAAAUCAUACAGGAAAACUCUUUUAUUGCUCAAAGUGUUCUUUCAAGUCUAAUAAAAGAUCUCAUUUACUUGAACAUGAAGAAACCCAUUCAUCUAUUAUGCAGCUGUGUAAGUUAUGCAAAAAUACAUAUAAAACAGUAAAGUCUCUAAUUGCUCAUGUGCUGAGGUAUCAUAGUAAUCCCAGAGGAAAGAAAUAUGUCAAAUUUCUAUCUGGAAAAUCAUCUAAAGACUCAUUUGUAAAAUGUGACGUUUGUCAAAAGAAAUUCAAAAAUCAAACUUCCUUUUCUACUCAUACUCAUACUAUAGUUUCUACUCCUACAAUAGUAGAUGAUUCUCAUGGAAGUAUUCAAGCCACUUCUGCAACAAUAGACUAUGAAAAUAUUCAAAACACUUCUGCUACAAUAGACCACUCUGAAGAAAGUUUUCAAAACACUCCAUCUUGUGUUGUCAGUGAAGAACCAUUAUCAUCCAUGCCAGAUAACAAUAUAGAGUAUACAAAUGAAAUGCAGACCUUGAAAGAUCCUCUUGAUGAAAUAGUUUUGAAUGAUUUGCUGCAGCAGAAAAAUUCAGAAAUAUAUCAGAAUGUGCUUCAACAAAGCUCAAACUCUCAUAUUCAGCCAGAAUCUGAAGAUCUGUCUAAUGCUUUUAUUGUAGAUUCUGCAUCAAGGGAGUUAUCACAACUUGAUGUUGAUAAUCAGUUCCAAACAUCAAACACCGUCCUAGAAGAAUGCGAGAAAACACUUGGUAUUGAUUUAAUAAAAGAAUGUUUAAAAGACUCAAAUUUUGCUGACCAAGUCAUGGCAGAGACUUGUGCUCUGUCUUCUAAAUUAUCAAAUGACCCUGAGUCAUUUGGUCUUCAUGAAAUCCAAAUGGAUUAUCCAAAUGAAUCUGCCAUUUCUCCUAGCAUUGCUGGAAGUGGUAAUUUAGGCAAAAACUUAUCUCAUAUUGAUUCUGAACUUAAGAAUGAUUCUGCUGAUUUUGUUUCAGCAGAGCCAAAAUCAGUUGAAACAAAAUUGUUUGAAAGGUGCCAUCAAACUCCUGCUUAUGUAUGUUGUGUUUGUUCAGCUAUUUAUGUAUGUCCAGCAACUCUGAAAAUACAUUUAAAAGAACAUGUUAAUACAAGUAGUUCACUUAUUGAACAAAACAACGAUGACAUAAUGCAAGCAAAACUGUCUGAAGCUGAUGCAACUAUAGAUAGUGUUUGUAAAAUGUUGGAAGAUUCUGAUAAUGAAAAAGAACUGGAGAAAUUAUAUGUUAACUCAUUGGACCUAAUGUACUAUUUACCAGAAGUCAGUGUUUUACUUGAAAAUGAUUCAAAAUUUAUUGAUGCAGUCCUCAAUGACUUUUCCAAUUUUCCUAUGUCUGAUAAAUAUGAUGAAUCAGAAUUUACAAGUGAAAUGUAAAGAAGUAUUUUGAUACUGAUUAUUAUGGAGCUUACUUUUAUGGAUCAAGGUAUCUGAAAAUUCUUAUGCUUUUAUAUAAUGAUGAGAUGUUUAAUGUGUUUGCACAAAUACAUUUUUAAAAAAUCAGGAUUCAUUUUUUUUUAAAUUAGUAAAAUAUCAAUGUCUGAUUGAUACUAUUUGCAGCUGAAUAUCAAUAAUAAGUUAUUUUAAGGAAGUCUUUGUAAAUAUGACAACUAAGAAUAAUUUAUUAUUAUUAUUAUUUUACUAAUAAUCAGAUCUUGGUUUUUGGAAAGUUCCUUUAUUGUCAAUUACUUCUGGCUAUUUUUUUUUUUCAGUUUUAUUUUAUGUUCUGCACAAAAUCAAUAUACCGAAGGACAUAAUUUAAUCUUUAUUUUUAAAUUAUAAGACAUUGAUUUUUAUACUAAAUACAGUUGAAAUUUUUUAAUUACCUUUGAAGUUACAGAAUAUUUUGAAUUGUUUUUCAGUAAAUUUAAAACUUUUACUUAAUACUUAAUAUAUUUAGUACUUCAAUUUCAAGAAAAUAUAUGAAGUGGCUUAGUAUUGAAAGAAGAGAUUUUAUGCAUUUUUUAAAAAUCACAUCAUGUGAUCGUUAUAGCUUUCCAUUAUAAUUUAAAGUUGAAUAUCACAGUUGUUGAUUUUCCAUUUUUACUAUUAUUUUCAUGUAGCACUAUUCAAGAAUCA